AUGGAUGGAAUUAGAGAACGUAUCAUCAAUGAAAUACUUCACAUAGCUGGAAUUAUAUAUCGUAUACUUAUUCGACCAACUAUUAUUAUGGGAUUUAUUUUUAUUCCUGUAUAUUAUAUUUAUGUAUCAAUUAUAUGUCAAAACGCAGGGUUUAUACCGUUUAUACACAAAUUUUGUCCAGGACAAGAAAUUAAUAUGCUGUCUUAUUUACCAUUGGAGAGUCUAACUGAGAAUACUAUGUCCUUAGCCAAGACACUGUCUGAUGCCGAUGUCACUGCUCCAAUGCAUUGUGUUCAUGCAAAACUUGCAUUCAUCGAAAUUCGAGCUGAAAUAAUGGAAAGUGAUAUCAAGUCAGAAAUUAAAAAUAAUUUAGCAGCCACAUUAUUAGAUUUACAAAAGCUUAUGGAAACAGGAGCUGAUCAAUCGACUAGCAUGCUAAUAUCAUUUAAUAGCGCUCUUGACGCGAUAAACAUUCAUACAGAAUUUUUACUAGAUGAUCUUUCGAAAUCAAAAAAUUCAAAUAAUUAUCAACGUGAUCAAUUACAAAUAGAAUCUUCAAACACGAAAACAACAGAUUUAGCAACUCAUACAUUCAAUGAUUAUACGGAUGCAAUAAAUGAGCAGAUAGACAAGGUUUUGAUUAAAGCCCAAGAGUUUGAUGCAACAUUAAAAUGGAUUAUUAGUAAAAUUAAGACGAUUCAAAAUCUAAUUAAGAAAGGCAAACAAAUCAGUGAUACGGAAUUAGAUCAAUUAUUAAAAGAUUCAUUUUGGGCUUGGCUAUUCGGUAAAGACGUAGUUAGCAUUAGAAAACAUCAACGUAAUAUAAAAACGCUUAAUGAAUUUAAUGAUUUUAUUAGAGAGUUGUCGAAAAAUAUUGCUGGUAUCAUCACAGAUCUAAAAAGAUUCAAAAGCCAUGCUACAGAUACGAAAGAAACAGCAGCCCAACUUCAUACAUUACAAUAUAAGUCUCCUGAACGACAACUAGCAAUUAUUAAGGCAUCCCUUAAUCGACUUGCUCAAGCAAGACAAGCUUUCGAAAAAAGAAUGGUAGAAGAAAAUCGAGAAAAAUAUAUUUAA